AUGGACCAAGAUAAUCCUUUGCGCUGGCAACGAAUGAAUUCCCUGGUUGAGCAAAUAGAAUCACGUACUAACAACAUACAUCGAGCUAUCAAAAGCAGCAGCACUCAAUUGGCUGAAAUUCUCAUGAAAGAGACUGGAGAUGAUAAGAAUAAGAAUGAAACUAUUCUGCAAUUACAAGAAGAAGUCCGUACUUUACAACAACGCUGUUUAGAUCUAGAAAAUCAAAUACUUCUUCAACCCUUAUCUUCUUCUCUUUCAAACUUAUCAAAAUCAAAAUUAAGUUCAGAUAAGGAUCAAAAUCAAGAUCUAGAUAAGAAUUUAUAUCUAAAACAAAAUCUAGAUAAAGAAAGACAAAAAUGGCAAUCUCAACUUACUAACUUACAAUCUCAACUCUCUCAAGAAGAGUCUGCCUUCCUUAAGUACCGAGAAGAGACUGAAGAUAAGAUAAGAAGAAUGCUAGAAGAGUUGUUAGGAUUAAAAGGUCAGAUUAGAUCUAUUUGUCGGAUUAAACCAUUUAGUUGUACUUUACCCUUAGGAUUUACUAAUGAUCGUAUAAGUUUGCCUAGUAAGUCGUUAGAGUUUGGCUUUGCUUCGGUCUUAGGACCUACUGCUAGUCAAACUGAAGUCUUCUUACAAGUUGAAGAUCUUAUCUUUUCGGUAACUAAAGGGUAUCGUGUUAGUUUAUUGGCUUACGGCCCGACCGGUUCUGGUAAGACUUAUACUAUGGCUGGAACAUCGACUGAACCGGGUAUUGUACCACGGGCUUUAGACUUACUAGCUAGGGAGUUAGAGCGCUUAGAAGGUCUGGGAUGGGAAGUAAGAGUUAAGCCUAGUACUUUAGAGGUUUAUAAUGAUAAGAUAGUGAGUGAACAAAAAGGUGAUUAUUCUCGAGGAGUAGAAGAAGCUCAAGUUAUGUUUCAAGGGGCAGCUAGUAGUCGUAGAGUAGGUAGUACGGCUUGUAAUACUAGGAGUAGUCGUAGUCAUUUACUGGUUCAACUUGAGGUUAACUUAAGUAGGAGGAGUAAUAGUCAGUGGGAAGAGAUUAAGGGAGUACUUUGUAUUGUUGAUUUAGCCGGUUCAGAAAGAGUAUCUCAAUCAAAAGCGGAAGGAAUUAGAUUGCAAGAGACUGGUCAGAUUAACAAAAGCUUAUCGGCUCUUGGUGAUGUAGUAGCAGCUAUUCAGCAGAAAUCAGCUCAUAUUCCCUAUCGUAAUUCUCAACUAACUCGCCUCUUACAAAGUACUUUAGGUAGUGGAGCUAAAACUGCCUUCCUUUUUAACAUUGAUCCAGGGGUUAGUUUGGCCGAGACUGUAGUUACUUUGCGUUUCUCACAAAGAGUACAAGCCUGUCAACUAGGCCCACAAAGAGUAACUACUAGUACUUAUACCCAUCAAUAA